UCGGUAUUGAUUUCUGUUGCAAGUGGAAUUGUUCACUCUACUGUGGAGAUAGUCUUUCAAAAGAUUCUUUUUCAUUCGUCUGGAACCUCGGUGAACUAAAUCCCGGAUUCAGUAGAAAAAAAUUUCAGUGAUAUUUGUAACAAAUUUGCUAAAAAUACCAAAAAAGCGUUUUAAUAUUAAACGUUAAAAUCUGGUGAGGACCAAGUGUCCGCAGUACGCAUUGGCGAAGAAAAGGGCAGUCAGAAAAUUGGAGAGUGUUAAAAGAUUUUUCUUUUUGGCAAAAAAAAUUAUCUGUUCAUCGAAAUGAGAAUUAUAGCAGUUUGAGAGAAGCCAAUUGGAUAUUAAAUUGUGGAAAAUGCUCCAAUGAAACUGCACUUAGCGUGUCAUUGUAAACAACAUUGAAAAUUUUCAAUACCGGUGAAGUGGAAACUCUGCAUUGUGAAAGUAUUUCGUAAUACAAUUUAACAUUGGUGCAAAGAGCUCUCUUCAAAAGAAAAGUCAUAUUGCAAGGCCUGAAAGGAGGAAUAGAGAGAAGAAAAAAAUCAAUUAACAUUCAAAAAAACGCUAAUAAUUUGCUAUAAAAAUAUAUUUUAAAGGAAAAACUUUUAUAAAUACCAUAAAAUCGACCUACUGGCAACACCAAAUGGAGACUUAUUAAAUAUUUAAAAGAUUCUAUAUCUAGAAAGUACCCCUUUGGGAUUGUUUUUUUCUGCAAAAAUUCCUCAACUGAUUGCUAAGGAAAAAACGUAGAAAAGUUGUUAAAUUAUUUGUAAAAGGACAUCAACGAAACAUUAUUCAUGAUUGGUUCAUUCUGGAAUUUGUGCAGAGCGUGUCCAUCAAUGCCAAUCGAUAAGCUCCAUUCGGAAUAUCGCAGCACCUAUCGAUGGCAUGAAUAUACUGGAGGAUCUCGACCAGAAGUGGUCAGAAGACCACCUAUGCCCAAUCAAUUUGUCAGCUCUGCGGAUCAUUUUUACUCAAAAUCAACAGAAGAGGAUAAGCUUGCUGAAGCACCAAUAAAUGAACCCCCACUGCCAAGACGGAAGAAAUGCCCGGAAUUAGCUUAUAAAACUAAUGAAUUCAUGUCAUGUGAUGCACCUGAUGGAAGGAAUACGAAUGUAGCUAGAGCUCGGCCUGGAGAACGCUGUCAGAUUCCAUCUAGACGUAGUAAAUCUGAAGGUCCUCCAGAGAAUGUGGCAAAUGGACGCGCAUCCUCGACGAUGCGUGAAAUAGUGGAUGGGAAUCAAUUGUCUGUGAAAAAGACUGGUGAGUCAAGUGGACUAUUCAAAAAGACAAUAUCAAAACUGAGCACAGAGUAUCGUCUGCAAUUUGUGUGGCCUAAUGUACAUAGGGUCAUUCGAGGGCAAACAGAUGAUACUGUGGAGCCUCCUAGAAAAUCAAUAUCUAUGGGCGCUAUCAAACAACCGGCGCAGUCAAUUCCAAUUACAACAGUACAUAAAAAAAGAACAACAGAAAAAAAAGAAGCUGCUGCUUUCGAGUUAGAACCAUUGGUUACCAAGCUUGAUGAAUCUUUACAUAAUAACAUUGACAAGACAAUGUACAGAAAGAAGAAUUAUAUGGCUGAAGUGGCAGAUAAUCAAAGGCACUCGGAGAAGGAGAAGUAUGGAUUUUCAGCUGAUAAAGCUGAAUAUACCACUAAAACUGACAAUAAAGUUAUGGCAAAUGGAUAUGGAAUUCAUGGUGAUUCGUGGUUUAAGGAAGUUCUUGAGCUCAGAAAGAAAGCAGGAGAAUAUAAGUGCCGAGGAUGGGGUAUUGAGAUAGACCCUGAGUUGUACAAGAAACAGGAAAAAUUGUGGGAGCAAGUUUCACGCCGUAGCUCACUUUCUGCCCUAUCGCUUGCAUCAACGGUGCGUCCUUUCACCAAGGAGGAGAAGGACAAGGAGAACACGAAGAAGAGUUCUCCAACUAAAGCCCCAACACAUAAAGUAUCGGGACAAGUUUACCCAACUUUUGAUAAUGCUCUGUUGCGUCGAGAUGCUGUGCGUCAUCAUCUCGAACGAACUACCGGACCUGAUGUUGAAGAGGGGACACUUUUGCCAUCGCCAACACGUGAUAAGCUUAUGCCGACGAUUCCCAAAAGUCGCGAGGAUGAGCACUAUACACAGCGUGGCAGUCCAAAGAAGAGUAUUGCUUCGCGUCAUGAGAGUCCACAGAAAUCUAGUCCGCAGAAGGGAAGUCCCAAGAAGACUCCCAAAAGUGGUCACAAGGGCAGAUCUCAGUCAGUUGGACCAACUGUCACGGAUUCUGGAAGUUCCCCAAAGCGACAAUCACGAAGUAGUUCAACUGCUCCAGCAUCAGCAUCAGCUAAAACCACUAAAAAGCCCCAAACAGCUCAAGGACCCGAAGAACGUCGACCAAGACCAACCACCCUAUCCACAACUCCAAAAAGUUUCCGUUCCAAAAGUAGUUCUCUGCAUCCAAGUGGCAGGGCACUAUCCGCUCCCAAUCACUUACCAAAUCCAUCAUUGGAUGGUGAUGGUAAAAACCUCACAAGUUCCCCAAUUCCCCAUUUGCGUAAAUCAGUUAAAACAGCUAACAACCAUCAGUUGAGACCAAAGUCGUCAGUGAUAAAUGGUGAUCCGAUGGCCGAUUCCAUGAUCAGAUUCAAUCGGCGAAAUACAAAGAAAUCGGCGGAAACUGAGGAUGAUGCUGUAGACGAAGGUAGGGGUGUGAGUCCGCCUGUUCAGGAGAGUGCUGAGUACAUUGUUAAGUCACCGCCAGAGCCUACGAGAGUCAAGUCACCCGAACAGAUACUUAUGCGUUCUCCAGAUCCUGUGAAUUGGACAGUGCCUCUUGAUACUGGAAAGACAUUUACUGUGACUCAGAAUGUUAGAGAUGGUGAAGCUGUCAUGAGACCUCAUAGUGACUUCAAGGCAUCGACCCCAGUGGAUAAACCACCGCCAGCACCACUUUCAGCACCGCCAGAGUUAGCAGAACAGAUGCGAUUGGAAGCCGCCAAAGACAUUCCGAUAGCACAGACAAUACUCCAAGGUCAGAAGAUGCCUGAUCCCAUGACAAUGUCAACUGUUUCUGCUACACCAGGAUCUGUAACAGAAGUGAGAUAUGACAAGCCAGUGCCAGGUUCGACACUGCGUCGCCUGGAGGAUCCUGCCUUUGAGCCUGACCCCAAGCGUCAGGGUGUGCCAAGCACAGAACCAUUUGAAAAAGCCCAUGAUCGUUUUGAUCGUUUCUGGGGUGGGGAGAAGGCUUAAGCUAAAAAAAAACCCUAUAUUAAAUUCCUUACCAUAUGCCCUAAAAAACGUGGUGUAAUUCGCUAUGACAGGGUAGAAUUAGGGGUAAUGUUCCAAAUAGGACAUUAGGAAUUUCAGUGAAUUUAUUUGUCCUAUUUGAAUCAACGCCUCAAGAUAUUAGCAGCGUAUUUCACAUAUUAAGAUGAACACAUUGACAAAGAAAGAAAAAAAGGAACCUAAUUAAAAAAAAAGAUGAAAUAAAAAUCAGAAAGCAUAAAUUAUAAAGUAUUAAGUUUUAUAUACAAAAUUACCACUAUACUAUGCUGUCAGAUUAGAGAGAUAUUAUUGAGUAUAUUUAAUAAAAAAAAAACAUUUUAGAUACAGUAAAACUUUAAUAAGAAAAACUAUAUAAUAUUGUUGAUGCAGCCCUAGUAAACUUCAUUAGUCUAAAUGUCGUUUUUAUUAACUUUGCAACAUUUUUAUGAAAAAAAAAUCGCAGCCAUGUUACUAAAACUGCGAGCAUAGAAGUUUACCGCGUAACAAUAGCCAGAGGUAUCAAUAAAAUUAACAAAUUACAAAGCGUCACAGAUCUUUGAUAUAAUUAAGAAUUCCCAUAAUAUUCUCAGCAUUUAAAAAAAAAAAAACAAAAUAAAUACGAAAACAUUUACCCUUUCUCAAAGAUUGAUAGGUUUUUUUUUCCUAUUUAAUCACAAAGAUUGUAGUCAUGCUUCGGAGAAAAUAUCUCACAAAUCUAUAAAAAAGAUAGUUUUGAAAUAAAUACAGGAAAAAGUGCAUAAUGGAACAUGGAUUUAUUGAAGGAACAGGCCAUAUUCCUCUUGAAGAAAAUCACUAUUAAAAAUUGAAAGAGAAACUGUUUCAGAGAACAUUUUCAAUAACAUAAUUAAAGGUAUAUUUCUCAUAAGAAAGUCAAAGUUAGAUGGGAGGAAAGAGAGUUCAGGAGAAAAUAGCAAUUGCUACUAUUUUGUGAACAUGUACGUGUGCGUUUCUUAUGCCCAGCGCACAAUAGGUUUUCUUUUGUAAACAUGUUUUCAAAAUUUCCCAAGAGAAUGAGCGAGAUGACUAGAUCUAGAUCUCACUUACUCUCAUUGAAAUGUCAAAAACAUGUUUACAAAAUAGAAAUUAUUGUGUGCUAGGUAUUAUGCCCAGCGCACAAUAAGUUUCCUUUGUAAACACGUUUUCGAAACUGCCUAUAAGAGUGAGCGAGAUGACUAGAUAUAAUGCUUUUCACUCUCACUGAAAUGUCAAAAACAUGUUGACAAAACAAAAGUUAUUGUGCGUUGGACAUUAUACUCAACGUCCAAUAACUUUUGUCAAUCAGUUUUUGACAGUUCAAUAAGAGUGUGAAUGAAACCUAGAUCUAGUCAUCUCCCUCACUCUCAUAGGCAGUUUCAAAAACAUGUUUACAAUACAAAAUUAUGAGCAUUAUGACCAGCGCACAAUAAAUUUUGUAUGUAAACAUGUUUUUGACAUUUCAAUGAGAACGAGUGAGAUCUAAAUCUAGUCAUAUCUCUCACUCUCAUAGGCAGUUUCAAAAGUAUGUUUACAAAAAAAAAUAUUGUGCGUUGUGCAUUAUGCCCAUAAAUUUUGUUUAGUAAAUAUGUUUUCCAAAUUUCACAUGAAAAUGAGUGAGAUAACUAGAUUUACGUUUUAUUCACUCUCAUUGAAAUGUCAAAAACAUGUUUACAAAACCAAUGUUAUUGUGCGUUGGACAUUAUGCCCAACGCAUAAUAACUUUUGUUUGUAAACAUGUUUUUAAAAUUUCCCAUGAGGAUGAGCGAGAUGACUAGAUCUAGAUCUAACUCACUUUCAUUGAAAUGUCAAAAAUAUGUUUACAAUACAAAAUUUAUUGUGCGUUGAGCAUUACUGAACUGUCAAAAACUUGUUUACAAAACAAGAGGUAUUAAAUGUUAUAGGCUGCGCACAGAUCUUUUUCAUAUAAAGAUCGUUAGUCUAACACAGGACUUAGAAAUGUAUCAAGAAGCGAUAUCAAUCGAAAUUUUCUUUGUGAAAAUUCGAGCAGUUUUGUUAGAAGUUUCUAAAAAAAAACGAUUUUUAUAAAAAAAGGUUCCGUGUGCAGUGGCUUAUAGGGUACGCACAAUUACUUUCACUUUGUAAACAUUUUUGCAAAACCGAGUAUGUUAGAAAACCUGCUACAAUCGACAAUACUCUGUCGACUCGAUCGAGACCAAGUACACUUAUGUAAUUAUCAUUCGUAUUGGGAUAUAUUUGUUACAAUUCAAUCGUGUUGUCGUAUAUCCCGUGUUGGAAGAAUUUACUGAUUGUAGAUCGUACAGGAAUGCCUUCUUCGUAAUGUGGAUGCUUCUUUAUUACGUUUUAUCACAAUGAAAAAUACCUUUUUUUAGAUAUUCAGAUCUUUGCACCGGGCGGGACUCGAACUCCCAAAACUGUGAGUCAAGCCGGGGAUCUAUCCGCCCAAGAGCCAAUGGUCUUGCCCAUUGCCCCACUGAGAACCCUUGCAAUAGGGAGAUGACAUCUUUCCGGGUGUGUCAGGAAUGCUGAUUCUUUCAGAGAACAAACAAUCCUCUUCAGAGCCUUCUUCAGUGAUGGCCGAAAGCUCUGGAGAAAAAACAUUGUUGUUGCUCUCUCAAAGGAUCAGUAUCCCUAAGCACCCGAAAAGAGGUCAUCUCCCUAUUCUCAGUUGAAAUGCCUAUUGGUUGUAUUUUUUCAAUAAAUUUCUAGUGUUAGGGGGAAGUGGGGCAUAUUUGAAAUUAGGAUUUUACACCAAUUUUUGAAUAAAAUUGAUCCUUAUCGUGAUAUAAUUUAGCUGCACAAACAGAUUGAGAAGCUAAAUUACAUUAUGAUAUGGCUCAAUUACAUUUAAAAAUAGGAGAAAAAUACCAAUUUCAAAGGUGCCCCACUGUCCUCUAUCACGCUUUUAGGACGUCCACUGCGUGGGUCAUCUUCAAUGCAUUCACGACCACGUUGAAACCCCAAUGCCCAACGACAAACCAUUGCUAUUGAAGGACCAGAGUACUCUAGCACUUUUACCAUCUUUAUAUUGAAUUUCCAUCGCCUUUAAACCUUCUUUUACAAAUAAUUUAAUCACAGCACGAUGUUCAAGUGUCCAUUUUGAUAAAAGCCCUGACACGCCAACUUCAAUUCACUCGCAUGAUAAAAAAGUAUUGCCAGAUGGAAAUGAAACUUAGCAUAGAUUCAAACCAAGUCUAGUACUACAUUAUCGACUAUAAUUUAAAAUAGGCCAGUCUCAGGACUUAGCACCAGACCUGUAACUAAUCUAAACUUUGAAUUGCUCAAAAAAUGGGUAGAUUGGGUGAAGAAAGUGAGGAUAGACAAAUGAGUGAUAUUGCAAUCCGACAGCGCUCCAUGGCAUUACACUUCUAUGGCCCAGGUGGUCCAGGAGGUCAACAUCAAAACGCAUAAUUAGGAUGUGCCACUGGCCCUUCUGUAUUCUCUAAACCUGACUCCUUCCGAUUUUUACUUGUUCCGAAUGAUGGUACAUAGCGGUGGCAGCCAAAAUCCCGUACGCCUAAAUCUCGAAAAGGCCAAAAUCUUGAACUUGAUUAAUUUCGAAGUAGUACGAAAUUGAGAUGAUAAAUGGUUUCGGUCCAAAGACACCUAUUCCUGUCGUCACGGUAUCAAUGUAUUGCCAGAGAGAUGACAAAAAUGUAUGACUAGCGAGGACCGUUGGUUUAAAUAAACCAUUUUUUUGUGUUUCUCUAGAAAUUUUCCGUUUUUCACUGAACAAAAAUAAAACACAAACUAAUUGAGGAUCUAGUAUACUGUUCUUUCUUUGAGUUCGAGAAGUAAAAUGAACCCGCGUUAGACAAUUAAGGCUAGUACAUAAAGGAAUUUCGAUGUGAAGAGUUGUACUUUAGGCGGUAGUAAUUUUGUGAAAAGGGAGUGGAUGUUCCAACGAGAUUCGUUACCUUCGCACGAAUCGCGUGCCAAGUAAAAUUGUGUCUAUCUACUGAAGACAACUUUUUGUCCUAAUCGCUUAAAGCGCUUGUCUUAAUCCGUGGUCUAGGGCUAAUGACACCAAGUUAAGAAGCCCACACCUUUCGAUCUUCCGCCACUUCAGGGAGAUAUUCGCAAUCGAUCUCAAGGCAAGAUUCUGAAUGUGCUUUAGGCCACCUUAUCCUAGGUCUGGCCCUAGGUCGAGGCCCUUCUGAAAUGGCUCUGAACAGCUUUUCUGUUCAAUCUUAUAAAUGGAUUUGCAAAAAAUAUAAUAUUCACUGUGAACUGCUUCGGAGUGUAGCCUUUUGAUUUAGACCCUGCUGUAUGUUCCUUUUUUAAACUACCGGUCGGUAGUUAGGUUGGAAGGAGUGAUAGGUUAUGGGCUCUUUUAAGCAACUAGCCGCCACAUCUUCUAGUACUUAGACAGAUUCCCCCGGGAGACCCAAAUCCAUUCGUUCUUCUUUUCUUAAGCGGUCUUCAGACUAGAGGUUUAGCCCAGUUCCCGAAGGUCUCAAAAUCCUAAAUAGCGAGCAAUUUUAUUAAUUCUUUUUUAUAACCUUAUAGGUCAUUUAUCUGUAAUAAUCCGAUCCUAAGUUAAAUUUUUCCGAAAAAUCUUGAUUGAUAAGAAAUUAUAGCAGUUAAGCCAUACGGCUAAGCCUUAAGUUUGAAGCCCGUAUUAUGUUCAGGACCGGACUGAUUCCCUCGGCUGUCCAACUUACAGGAAGAGUGACAAAGACCCGGAAGGUAAUGACACCACAACGGCUUAGAAGCGGCCCAGGAUGGAUUUGAAUAGUAACGUUUAUAGCGCGUUUGAUGUUAAAAUCGGACUCUGGACCUCUGAGUCAAAACCGGUGCUUUAUCGAUUUAGUCAUUAAGUCUUUUCGUCCAAACGUUUCUGUUUAUUGUGUGAUAAGCAAACUGUGGCAUAGAUUCAGGACGAUAAAAAAUUCAUUCACUUACCUUUAAAGGUCAAGGAAACGUUUACAAAGCAAAAGUACUUGUGCGUAGGCCCUAAGGCCUUCCUGUUGAUUUGGGAGGAGUUUCACUGGAAUUUGGUGUGUUGUAGGUAAAAUUGCAAAACAUCGCAGUGAAUGCCCGAAAUAGUUUUUAGAGAGAGUAAUGAACAUGUGGAUCAGCGGCGUGUAGGUGUAUUUGCUAAGUGAUUGCCCGUCCAAUCCUAUUCAUUCAUUUAUUUUUUCUCCGAAAGAAAGAAAAAAAAGAAGUGUACAUAGAGCACAUAUUUCGUACAUACAAACACACAGAAAAAAUACAUAAUGUGCGGGUAUGCCCAAAUAUAUUCCAUAUGUAAUUGUUUAUAAAAGAGAUAUUUGUGAAUUCUCACAGAAAAAAAAAGAAUCACAGCUAUAUAAUCAAAUUUAUUUAUUUUUUUCCCUUCUUCAACAAUCUCACUAAAAGACACUGAACCAUCAAUUCUCCUAGAAAAUAAAUUGUUCUAUCUAUAAUAGUAUCAAUUUUAAGGUCAUAUUGCACUCUUUCUCGAGCACAAUAUGAUCUCAAUUGUCACGCAAUUACAUAAAGAAAAAACGAAGUCUAAAGACGAAGUAGUGAACACAAAAAAAAUAUUUAAAGAAAGAAAAAAAAACUAUUACCUCAGUGUAAGGAAAUAUUGUAUCAACAAAACCAUGUAUCUUCUAGAAAAUUUGUCCAACAUUCCCUCCCUCUGCUGAAGAUUUCUACCCCAAAAAAGGGGUGCAAAGUUUUCGAUAGGAGAGAAAACUCUUUAAUAUACAUCGUAUGUACGAAUAUAUGUCAAUAUUUUCUAUUGCCAAAGACUUUGUUUUUAACUAAAUUUUACGAUAAAUAUGUUUGCUAAAGUUCACAUCAAAACUAAGAGGAAGACAAAGAAUUAUUAAUAAUUUAUUCAAUAAAAUAUUUGUAUGCUUUUGCCUCUUGUACGCCUUUGUUGUGUGCUUUUUGGGACUGAAAAGAGGUAUUUAUUAUUAAUAUUCUAUCUAAGUUUUCAUAAAAUAGCAUUGUGUCUCGAAAUAUUUUUGCAGGAAAAACACAUGAGAGAAAAAAAAAUUCAGGACGCGCAAUAAAUAAUCCAUUGUCAGAAAAUAAAUUUGUUGAUAUAAUUUUUGGGGAUAUUUUCGAAAUUGUUGACAUAAACGAAAGAAUUGAAGAUUAAUUAAAAAGAUGAAAAACUGAAAAUUAGCUGAAAAAAAGAUUGUAAUCUAUUAUGUAUAAUGAAGAAAUAAAGUGCACGAAUUAUUUCAAAAUAACAACAAAAAAACAGCGCAAUGUUUGAACUAAUUGCAGAAAAGCGAGCCUUUGUACCAGGGCCGUACUCAGGCUUUCCGCGCCCCUUGCUAUGAGUUUGUUGUGAUGCAUAAUAUUCACAAAGCAACCCAUGAGGCGACCGACAAAAUUCCCUGAGGAAAAUCCGAUCAUUUGGCACGAAAAUAGCAAAUUUUCACCGAAGGUUAAAAUUCAUGCGAGUAACUGAUACGCCAGAGAUAGACAUUGAUGCGCU